AAUUUCCCCGCGUCCGGCCGAAGCGUCGCUGACAGCACCGAUAGGACCAGACGGAACGCGACAGCACAUGGUGGUGGUGGCGGGCCGUCACCGUAGUCUCCGCCAAAUUAAAUGUCUGCAUCGCUGGAAGGCGCAUGCAUGUGGAUCCACAUGACCUUGCCGGCGUCAAGUUCCACGGCUGCUCAUUCAUUCAAAUUACUAGGAUCAUUAAAUAAUCGGCGUUCGAGGUCCUGGUCGACAUCCCGUGAUGGGCGGGGUUGGCGACUGUGGAAAAAUUUGGUUCCGUUCGUUCAAACAAUUGCAACCUUACGUUAUGCCACGGGCUCCGUCAGGGGCAUAACCGAACUCUCUCGGGCAAGAUUUUUUUCUUUCUUUCUUGUGUUCUCGAUCACCCACCGCAUCGUGUAGUACUCCAUGGUCGCUGAUGCCCGUAGUCCGUGGACCGUUCCUUUCGUCGUUGCUUCCACGCAACUUCGUGCCUAUCGCCAAUGGCAUUUAUUGAUUUCUACGACAGGAACCAUGAAAGCGAUUUUGCAGGGAAAUCGCAGGUCACAGUUGUCCCCACCCCACUUGAGUACAUUUGCAAGUGGGUCUUAUGGCCUUUUCUUUUCAUUUUUAAAUUUUCUUGGUAAAAGAGAGCUUCCUUGUUAUAGCGUCGCGAGUUCGAACCCGGGCGAGCGCAGGUUUGGGUCUCGUUCGGUUCCCGGCGUCCAUUUACCGUGUCCAGUCUCUAGCCAACCCUCGCUCCGUGCUCGCGGUCCGCGGUGCGCGCCGCCGGCGAGCUGACGUCAGCCCGGCGUUGGGGCCCACGUGUCAUGUCGGCCGAGAAGACCCAGAUGGCGGAGGAACCCCUGCUCCCCGCGGAGGCGGGCGCCGCUGCGGUGCCGCCGGGGCGCCGCGAGGCGGACGCUGGCGGCGGCUUCUCGUGGCUCACGGCGCUGGGGUUCCUCUUCCUCACCUUCAACUCGGGCAUGGCCAUCUAUCGCUCCAACGGGGACGCCGCGGCGGUCGCCUUCGUGGCCUUCUCCUACGUCGACCUGGUGCUGCUGUUCUGCUGCCUCCGCUGGUUCGAGAGCGCCGCGCCGGGCUCGCCCGCGAGGGGGCACCUCAAGGUGGCCGUGUGGGUGCUGACCACCCUCCUCACCCUUGCUUUUUCCUACAAGGUGGCGGCAAUCAUGCCCGUGCCGGUGCAGAUCCUCGUGUGGGGAAUGGCCGCGGCGACCGUGCUCGGAGGAUUUUACGCCUUCUUCCUGCACAGGGAAGGCAAGGAUGGCUAAGCCGGCGUGGCACAGCUUGGUUAGGGAGCCUUGUCCUGACUUCGGUAUCAAAUGGUCCGAUAUUCCUAACCAAGGUAAAUGUUUUUCUUAGGAAGAUUGGGCACAAUUUGGACCUAUUUGGACUGCACCUGGGGCAUUUUUUUGCCACCACCGACCUAUCCUGCCAGUCUCGUGGAAUCCCAUGGUUGGCGACUCUCGCUGUCGGGACUGGCCGUGGUGGUCUCUUUGUUGCGCCCGCACCUUGUCGCCCCAGCUCGCUCAUUCCCACACCCAUCGCUGUCAGACUUGCCAUUGCUCGCCGUGAGCGAGAAUCCAAUGGGCAUCUGACGCGCCGCCGCCGCCGCCGCAACCAACCGCAAGCUAAUGAUGAUACUACCCGCUCGCUCAUUCCCACGUCCGCCGCUGUCCGCCUCGCCAUAGCUCACAAUGAGCGAGGACUCAUCGGACACCGGACACGCCGCCACCCCCGCCGCCACAGUCACCAGCCACUGCCGCGAACCAUGAGCUACCCUUGUAGCGGUAGCCAUACCAUACUCCCCAUUUACCGCCGCCUCUACAACGGCCUACGAAUGCCGUCGGUGCCUGAACUCGCCCGAGCUCAAACUUCACCCAAUGAAGUCCAAAACGUGCCUGAUUUUCCGACAGAAAACAUGAGCCUUGCAAAAGGAAAUAUACUAGUAAGGACCCCGAGUAAAACUGAAGUAGGAUCAGUGCUCUCCCUGUCGAGCUCUUGCCACGGAAGGAAUAGAGGGUGUUUCUUGUUUUAUGCUCUGAGAGACCUAUUUGCUUACUACAACAAUUUAGUCGGUGUCUACGUGUUGCGUGUUGGUCUGUCUCUGGAGUCUAUGUUUUUAUCUGUUUUGAAAAGUCCAUGCUGACUGUAUCUAGUAAAGCGACCCACAAGUGAGUUAGUUGCAAAUAAGGGUGGCUGAACCUGAUGGGCAGCUCUAUUCCAUGUGUGUAUCCGUUUCCAAGUCAUGGGUCCGUAAAACAUUGUGAGGCGUGUCUUUGUUAUGUGAUAUUAUUGAUUAGUAUCAGAACAUGAAUGUGGUGAUUGGUUUUGGCUACCAAUGCAAA